AUGCCUUACGAUGACUUCAAGCAGAGAUACGCCAUUCUGGCUGCUGAAGCUGCUAAGAGCGCCAAGACUGAUAAAGAAGCCGGAGAAAAAAUUGCUGAUGCUCUCAUCAAUAGCAAUUCCAUCAAAGUCGAAGAAUUUCAAUGUGGUCUCACUAAGGUGUUCUUCAAGUCUGGUGUGCUUGCCCAUUUGGAAGAACUGCGUGAUGAAGCACUUUCGAUUAUCAUCACUAAAUUCCAAUGCGCUUGCAGACACUAUCUGGCUCUCGCUGAUGUAGCUCGGAGAAAGGAGCAG